GCAUUUCAGCCGGUUUCUCAGGCGCCAUAUCAAGGUCUCGACCACCUUGAUAUCUCGACCCUAGCUAGUGUUGUCAUCCUUGAAUGUUUCGAGACCCAGCCUAGCUCCAGCUUUGUUUGGAUUCCGAGAACAAGGCCGUUCAGAGCGGAGCAGCGUUUCCAUAUCAUCACGACGUCCUGGGACCAAGUCAAGAGUCUUCUCGCUUGGCAUCCGGCUCUUGGGCACGUCGAGGCUUCACACAUUGACUGCUACCCGCUUGGACAAUGGAAUCCUCAAGGACGGCCAACUACACGGUCGAGGAAGCCGCCUCGACAUCGGUGAAUCCCUUGGGAACACCGGGUAAUGAGUCGCCCGAGAACCCCUUUGCAACUCCCAUCGCCGCGACACCAGUUGCGCCCUCUCUGACGUCUCGGCGAGCGACGUUUAUACGGAAUGCUUCCACGUAUGAGGUCGCAGGGCCGCGUCGGCGCUUCAAGAGCAGCCGACUCGUUGGCGAUUUCGAGAAGCCGUGGCUCAACACGGGGAAGAAGCAGGUCAACUGGGACAGCAUCAUCUUCUACACGGCCAUCGGCAUCGGUCUCGGCAUCGGCGGAUACCUUUGUUGGAAUGCCACCCGCAACAUCCCCAACCCUGAUUACUGCCUGAUUAUGGACGAUCGCUUCGAGAACAUGGACAACUGGAACUACGAGGUGCAGAUGAAUGGAUUCGGCACCGGUUCCUUUGACUGGACCACCAAGGACAAGGCCAAUUCGUACGUCGAUGCGGAGGGCCUGCACAUUGUGCCGACCAUGACGCUCGAGAGCACCGACAUCACCUACGACGAGCUGGUCAACGGCCACACAGUCAACCUGACGACGGAUGGCCGCGCCGACGGCAAAUGCACCGCGACGGAGACGCAGAUGGACGACCUGGACGCGCGAUACCCCUGCGCGGCCGUCAGCAACACGACCAAGGGCCAGAUCAUCAACCCGGUGCGGUCGGCGCGGCUCAACACCAAGGGCAAGAAGACGAUCCGCUACGGCCGCGUCGAGGUGACGGCGCGCAUGCCCAAGGGCGACUGGCUGUGGCCGGCCAUCUGGAUGAUGCCGCAGGACAACGUCUACGGCGACUGGCCCAAGUCGGGCGAGAUCGACAUCGCCGAGAGCCGCGGCAACGAUGCGCGCAGCUACGACAUGGGCGACAACCUGGUCUCCUCGGCCCUUCACUGGGGCACCGCCUCGGUCAACGAUCGCUGGCGGAGGAGCUACGGCGAAUGGGGCGGCAAGCGGGUGCGCUACAGCGAGAAGUUCCACACGUACGGGCUGGAGUGGAGCGAGAAGUAUCUGUUUACCACGCUGGAUGGGCGUCUUCGGCAAGUCAUCUUCUUCGACUUCACCAAGAACAAAAACCUGUGGACGUACGGCGAGUUCGCCGGCUCGUCCGUCAACGGCUCCGUGCCUGUCGAUCCCUGGAGCAGCACCGGCCGCGCCAACACGCCCUUCGACCAGUCCUUUUUCCUCAUCCUAAACGUCGCCGUCGGUUCCACGAAUGGCUGGUUCCCCGACGCCGUGGGUGGUAAACCCUGGGCCGACAACAGCGAGACGCCCAUGCGGGACUUUUGGAAGUCCAACUCGACUUGGCUGCCGAGCUGGGGUCCCAAGGAGGAGCGUGGCAUGGUCAUCAAGUCGGUCAAGAUGUGGCAGGAGGGAAAGUGCUAAGCGACGGUCCUAGACUGCGCUCUUUUCCGCCUCUGCUUGUGCUGUUGCCUCCCGUUCUCUGCUGCUGCUGCUUCUUCUUCUUCUGCUUCUUUUUUACUUUUGAGUGCGCGCGCACCAAUGCAUCGCGCCGAAUUAGAAACGCCCCCCAACAGAACCUUAGUACCGGGGAACUGUUAUCACGCACACCGAGUGGGGACCGACAGGGGAAACAAUGCUACCCUGCCGGGAUUAACAUCCUCUAAUGUGUGUGUUUCGGUGGAGCUGCUGUUGGUUGGCAGCUGGGAUCAUUCUCUAGACUGGAAUCGGGCUACGGCGUCGGGUCGCUUUGGUAGUGCUCUGUUUUAUAUUUCUCAUACUGGGAGCUUACUCUGUAGUAGCCUGUAGAAGAUAUACUAAUGCCGUCA